CUCACUGAAAAAAAGAGCACGCCGCUCGCGAUUCGGUCUUUUUUCACGAUCUCCAUUGGCGUUACAAAUCUGUUGAUCCCCGUAACUUUAAAAGAUCAACAACAAGAUGUCCGGAAAUCAUGAUAUUCUAGCCCUCAAAGAAGAUGAUGUCACCAAAUUCCUGGGCGCUGGUGUACACAUCGGAGCCCAAAAUGUAGAUUACCAGAUGAUGCAAUACAUCUACAAACGCAAAAGUGAUGGUGGUUUCAUUAUCAACCUUCGUCGCACAUGGGAAAAGCUGUUGCUAGCUGCUAGAGCCAUCGUUGCAGUGGAGAACCCAGCUGAUGUCUGUGUUAUCUCUGCUCGCCCUUAUGGCCAGCGUGCAGUGUUGAAAUUCGCCAUGGCAACAGGAGCCACUGCCAUUGCUGGACGCUUCACUCCGGGUACAUUCACCAAUCAGAUCCAAGCUGCAUACCGUGAGCCACGUCUUCUCGUCGUGACUGACCCACGUACUGAUCAGCAACCAAUCACAGAAUCCUCUUAUGUGAACAUCCCCGUCAUUGCGCUCUGCAACACUGACGCGCCUCUCCGUCACAUUGAUAUUGCCAUACCUUGCAACAACAAGGGUAUUCAUUCCAUUGGUUUGAUGUGGUGGAUGUUGGCACGUGAAGUUCUCCGUCUUCGUGGAACCAUUAGCCGUGAGAUCUCUUGGGAAACCAUGCCUGAUCUGUACUUCUACCGUGACCCAGAAGAUGCUGAAAAGGACGAGCAAGAUGCCCGCGAGAGGGCGCAAGCCAAGGAAGAGCCUGCAGUAAAUGUUGGCUACCCGGAGCAGUGGGGUGGACAAGCAGAUGCCAUACAGCCAGUUGUCGAUGAUUGGGCCGCAGAAGCUACUCCAGCAGCAGCAGCACCACCACCUCAGCAAACUGGAUUCGGAGCUACCAGCGACUGGUCCACUGGCGGCACCGCAGAUGACUGGUCUGCUGCUCCACCAGAGCCAAACAAGACGCAAGACUGGGCAGCCGAUUCAGCCAAGACUCAGGAUUGGGCAGCACCAACGCCAUCGUCCGACUGGGGUGGUGCCGUCUCCCAGGAUUGGACAGCCUAAAAUCCACUAAAUAACUUUCGUCAUACAUGUCAUUAAACAAGAUGCUAAUGAAUUGUGGAGCAAUUAAGAGAUUACUUCGUAUCUAGAAUAAAACAACAGAAAAUAAGAAUUUGAUGACAUCUUUAAACUUUGUUUUAAUAAAUGUACAACUGAUGUUGUAUUUGAAAUAAAACAAGAAAAGAAAGUA